UCCUUGCGCGCUCCCGUGCGCGCCCACCCGUCUGCCAUCCGAUCCUACCCCGGUCUAUUCGCUGACUCAGUGCCUUAAGCAGCAUCACCGUUCACCUGAACAGAGCUACAGCAUCCUCUGCGGAAAAAUACAUCAGCCAUGGCUAAAACAGCAACCGCAUAUAAAGAGAAGAUGAAGGAGCUGUCCGUCCUCUCCCUCAUUUGCUCCUGCUUCUACCCAGAGGCACGCAACAAGCUUGUGCGUGAAUUUGAAGACAUGGAGGUGAAACCUAUAAACAAACGGGCUUCUGGCCAGGCGUUUGAGGUGAUUCUCAAGCCUCUGUCUCCGGUGUCAGAUGUUGUCCACAACCUCCCCUCACCACCCAAGAGGGACAUCUCCUUGGAGGACAUUGAGAAGAAACUGGAGGCUGCUGAAGAACGGAGGAAGUAUCAGGAGGCCCAGGUGCUUAGGGCUUUGGCAGAAAAGCGUGAGCAUGAGAGGGACGUGUUGCUAAAGGCCAUGGAAGAGAACAGUAACUUCAGCAAGAUGGCCGAGGAGAAGCUGCAGCUGAAGAUGGAGCAGAUCAAGGAGAACCGUGAAGCCCAUCUGGCAGCCAUGAUUGAGCGUCUACAGGAGAAGGAGAGACAUGCAGCCGUGGUGCGCAAGAACAAAGAGCUGAGGGAAGAGCUGACAGCAUGAGCCUCACACAAGUCCUGACCUUCCAUGGUCCAUCAACGUCCCUCCAUCCAGUCCUGCCCCCAUCCUCACCCCGCUCUCACCCUCCUCAGAACAGACACCCAACCCUGGAGGCCGAGAGGUUCGAGGACCUCACCACCACAUCACAAUACACCACACCACCAGUACUCACUACUAUCAGUAUUAUCAGUGGAUACAAACAUCAAUAACACUCAUCUCGAGAGUUGAAUGGAUUUGUUGAUUUUAGAGAAAAAGUGAGAAUAUGGCUAUUAUUUUGUAAAUACUUUUUUCUUAAAAUCUAUCUAUCUAUCUAUCUAUCUAUCUAUCUAUCUAUCUAUCUAUCUAUCUAUCUAUCUAUCUAUCUAUCUAUCUAUCUAUCUAUCUAUCUAUCUAUCUAUGACGGUAGGUGAAGUACAUGCAAAGAUUAUACUGUACUGCACUGUACGAUUUCAAACAUUUUGUUUGUAAUUGAUUAAUGUUUCAGUUCUUGAAAUUUGACUUUGCAAUCAUUUUCUUGUGAAAGCCCUCGGUGUUGUGAGUUGGCUGACAUUUGCAGUGUUUCCUGAUGAUGUCAUGAUGAUGAUGUUUCUGUGUCUUUGUGAAGAAUGACGGUUGGUGUACCUAUAGACUACAGACUCCUCAUCAUAUCAACGUAUCCCAUCUGUAUCUUCCUCACGCACACACCUACUCAUUCUUGACACGCACACCGCUUGGAACUUAACAAUACGCCAAACCCACAGAUUCAUAAAGUGUCCACUUCCUCUGAAAUGAGCUUGAUAAUGAACUUGAUAGGUGCUUUAUUGUUAUUAAGAAUGUCUUUGCCCAAUGGGAGCAGCUGUUUAUACACUUGCAGAUUCCCGCUUACCCUGACAACUUUAUUUCUCAAUAAAUCCAUCUUUAGCCAAAUCAAUAGCUCUGUUACGUACACAGUAUUUGGGGAUUAAUCUUGUGAAUGUUAUGACACCAUACUGGUACCAUGCAUAUUGUCUUGGACAGUGGAAUGUGCUGUUGCUCUCCACCUUGAUAUUGGUAGUGUGAACUUAACUUGUGUCUGGGUGGGUAUGUGUGAAUGUGAAUUUACCACAAGGCAUCACUAGUCUCUGCUCUCGUUAGGGGAUUAGAUGGAGAAUGGAUGCAGGAUGCUUUACAUUCAGCACACUGAACUAGUCUCUUUUUAAUAUACAGCACCACUGAUAUCUGCCUUCAUCCUCUGCUGCUUGUGUUUCUCCCUUCAUAUAUUUCUCUGUGAAAGCUUUGCUGAAUAAAGGUUUGGGGUUCUGUGAACAUGGCAUGCACCAUCUUUCUGUGCUAAAAGAGGAGGAAAAAUGUAAACUGCCAAAUAAAUGAACCAGUUAUCUACACAUCAUGAGAA